AUGGCCGCUGCUGGGGGAUUUGGCCAGUGGCGAGGUGCUGCUGCAGGUGCGGCAGCGAGCCUGCUGGUCACGUGGUUGCUGUCACAGCCACAGCAAGUUGCAGCUGACCGGCUUGCUGCACACUACCUGCUGCCAUACCUAUCAGACUCGCCUCCCAGCAGUCAAGUGACCGUGGAGUUCUGCAAUCUGUUUCGGAUUGUGGAGAAGCCCUAUUACGUCAUUUUCGCUUCAUGUUGGGUGUGUGCGCUGAUGCAGCAACUGAUCGACACUUCAAGAUACUACGAGGAGCGCCACGAGGAAUUGAGCAAAACGCAGAAAUGCUAUGUUGGGAUACAGCUCUUGACGCUCGUGAUGGAAACCUUGGCUAUCGUUGGCAAGAUUGACUGGCUUGCUGGCGAAAGCUUGUGGCACAUGUACAACUUGUAUGUGUAUGUCUUUGUGCACUCGUCCGUCUUUGUGCGCUCGAUCAUGAUGUCGAUGAUCAUCUGGGACUGGCUGCUGGCACGCCUGCUGGGUCGGCCAGUCUUCGGAGCG